GGAGGAGGAGGAGGACGUUCGGCCUGCGCAGUGAGAUGUUUGUCCGUCGCCGCCGCCGCCGCCAUCGCGGAGGAGCGCGAUAAAGGGAGCCGAGCCGGGCGUGAGGGGGACCCCGCGGAGCCGCCGCAUGACCAUGGAUGAAAAAUACGUAAACAGCAUUUGGGACCUUCUGAAAAAUGCAAUUCAAGAAAUCCAGCGUAAGAAUAACAGUGGUCUUAGUUUUGAGGAGCUCUAUAGAAAUGCGUAUACAAUGGUUUUACAUAAACAUGGAGAAAAGCUCUACACUGGACUAAGAGAAGUUGUUACUGAACAUCUCAUAAAUAAGGUGAGAGAAGAUGUACUAAAUUCAUUGAAUAACAACUUUCUUCAAACACUAAAUCAAGCUUGGAAUGAUCAUCAGACAGCUAUGGUGAUGAUUAGAGACAUACUAAUGUAUAUGGACCGUGUAUAUGUACAGCAAAAUAAUGUGGAGAAUGUCUACAAUUUGGGGUUAAUUAUUUUUCGAGAUCAAGUUGUACGUUAUGGGUGUAUUAGGGAUCAUCUUCGGCAAACUCUGUUGGAUAUGAUUGCAAGAGAGCGGAAAGGAGAAGUUGUAGACAGAGGCGCAAUAAGAAAUGCUUGUCAGAUGUUAAUGAUUUUAGGUCUUGAAGGAAGAUCAGUCUAUGAAGAAGAUUUUGAGGCUCCUUUUUUGGAAAUGUCUGCAGAAUUUUUUCAGAUGGAAAGCCAGAAGUUUUUAGCAGAAAACAGUGCUUCAGUAUAUAUAAAGAAAGUAGAAGCUAGAAUUAAUGAAGAAAUAGAGCGGGUGAUGCACUGCCUUGACAAAUCAACCGAAGAGCCCAUUGUAAAAGUGGUUGAGAGGGAACUGAUUUCCAAGCACAUGAAGACUAUAGUAGAAAUGGAGAAUUCUGGGCUAGUACAUAUGUUGAAGAAUGGAAAGACAGAAGACCUGGCUUGCAUGUACAAGUUGUUUAGUCGUGUGCCAAAUGGUUUGAAGACGAUGUGUGAAUGUAUGAGUUCUUAUUUGAGGGAGCAAGGUAAAGCCCUUGUUUCUGAGGAAGGAGAAGGAAAGAAUCCUGUUGAUUAUAUCCAGGGCUUACUGGAUCUGAAGAGUAGGUUUGAUCGCUUCCUCCAGGAAUCAUUCAAUAAUGACCGGCUUUUUAAACAGACUAUCGCUGGUGACUUUGAAUAUUUUCUCAACCUCAACUCCAGGUCCCCUGAAUACCUCUCAUUAUUUAUUGAUGAUAAGCUGAAAAAGGGAGUAAAAGGGCUAACAGAACAAGAAGUAGAAACAAUAUUGGAUAAGGCAAUGGUCCUUUUUAGGUUUAUGCAAGAGAAAGAUGUAUUUGAACGUUAUUAUAAACAGCACUUGGCAAGGAGGCUUCUCACAAAUAAAAGUGUUUCUGAUGACUCUGAAAAAAAUAUGAUAUCUAAAUUAAAGACUGAAUGUGGAUGUCAGUUUACAUCAAAACUGGAAGGAAUGUUUAGGGAUAUGAGCAUCUCAAACACAACUAUGGAUGAAUUCAGGCAACAUCUACAGGCAACUGGCGUAUCUUUGGGUGGUGUUGAUCUCACGGUCCGGGUGCUCACGACUGGAUAUUGGCCCACUCAGUCAGCCACACCAAAGUGCAACAUCCCACCAGCACCAAGACAUGCUUUUGAAAUAUUUAGAAGGUUCUACUUAGCCAAACACAGUGGCCGACAGCUCACACUCCAGCAUCAUAUGGGCUCUGCAGAUCUCAAUGCCACUUUUUAUGGUCCAGUUAAAAAGGAAGAUGGAUCUGAAGUUGGUGUUGGAGGUGCACAAGUGACUGGCUCAAAUACUCGGAAGCACAUAUUACAAGUCUCCACCUUCCAGAUGACUAUAUUAAUGCUCUUCAAUAAUAGAGAAAAAUAUACAUUUGAGGAAAUUCAACAAGAGACAGAUAUCCCAGAAAGAGAGCUGGUUAGAGCCCUACAGUCACUUGCCUGCGGUAAACCAACACAGCGGGUUCUCACAAAAGAGCCGAAGUCAAAAGAAAUAGAAAAUGGUCACAUAUUCACAGUUAAUGACCAGUUCACAUCCAAAUUGCACAGAGUUAAGAUUCAAACAGUUGCUGCCAAACAGGGUGAAUCCGACCCAGAAAGGAAAGAAACAAGGCAAAAAGUCGAUGAUGACAGAAAACAUGAGAUAGAAGCUGCUAUAGUGCGGAUAAUGAAAUCUAGGAAGAAGAUGCAGCACAAUGUUUUAGUAGCAGAGGUAACUCAGCAGUUGAAGGCUCGAUUCUUGCCAAGUCCAGUUGUUAUUAAGAAACGUAUUGAAGGACUUAUUGAGAGAGAAUAUUUGGCACGAACACCUGAGGAUCGCAAAGUGUACACAUAUGUAGCAUAAAAUGCAUUCAAAAAUUUGAUUUAUUCUUGGACCGUACUCUUCGCAUGGACUGGGAAGUUCUUUUAAAUCAUUAUUAUUAAGACGACCAUCUCUUCUAUUAAAAUUACAGUACAUGUUCUAGACCAUUCAGAUUGAGCCUUUACUCCCUUUGAGAGUUUUCAACAUCAGUUGAUUGAGCUUCAGGCUUUACAACGUUUAUCCCUGUAGAGAUCAUCUUUACAGUUCCUCGGGAAAAUGUGAAUGUGCCGCAUUUUGUUUUCAAUACUGUAUGAAAACAGAAAAAAAAAUAAAAAACAAAUUUAGAAACUACAGCUCAUUAAAAUAAAAUUGUUGGAUUUCAUUUCCCCAGGUCUUCAUUGUUGAUGUAAAUGUGUUUCUGUAGUGUUGCCAAUUAGCACUUUGCGCAUUGUGUAAGUUGGGUAACAAAAGUGGCAGAAGAAAUGCAAAUUUUCCGGUUUCCUUGCUCUACUUAAAACCGUUCUUUAACUAGUCCUGUUUGAUUUAGAGGUUUGAUGGAUAUACAAAAAUCAAAGCAUCCAAUUUGAGCAUGCUUUAUGCUACCAACUUGCACUAACUAACCUUAUAGCAUUAUGAUCAGGAACCUUUGUUACACACACCCUCACUUGUUUUUUCCCUGUUGUAAUUUGAGAGUUCCCAAAUUAAGACUUAAAAUAAUUAGGUUUUAUUCUGAGUUAUUUCUAGAGAAAGAAAAUAUUUUAGUAUGUAUAAAUUGUAUAAUAAUUUGCUGUUGUACUCACUAAUAGUGGAUUGUAUAGGAUGGUGUUUUAUUUCAUCUAUUAUAGACAAAAAUAAGUGAAUUUUAAGUAUACACAUACCCACUAACUCAAGUAUUUCUGAGCACAAAAUUGGCAGCUGGUUAUAUUUAAUUCAGCCCCUUUGAGAAGCACAUACGGUCUACACUUCUUUUAUAAAUACUUUAGGCUCCCCCGCCACCCACACACACCCAUACACACUUUAAGUAUGUAUUUUGGUGAAACUGUGGUACAUUAUUAACUAUCUGUUUCAAAAUGGAAUCUAAAAAUGCAAUAAAUAUGAUUCCCUUGAUAGUUUUAACAAAAUCUUCAGUUCUUGCAGCUCUGUUUUGGAAAAUGAGUUAAGCAAUAUUUUUCAAACCUGGUUAAUUCUGGAUAUUUAACUGUUCUCUGAAGAAGCAUCGUUUCAUGUUUUCAACGAUGUGCAUUGUGCUGAAGAUUCAUGUGACUUAUCCUGUGCUUCCAAUUAUCACCAAUGUUUUUUACCUGAUUGAUCUGCUGAUGAAGGAUUAUACUUUGCUGUAACUUCAGAGUAUUUUUAUUGUUAAUUUUAUUUUCAUUUUUAUUCUCUAUAAGAGUGUCUCACUAAAGAUUUCUGUUGGAUAGAAAAAUGAAAUGUUACUAAUAAGUUCAAAUAGCCCACCCUGGAUUGACUGUCAUUAUUGUUGAUACAUUUACUAAAACGUAUGUCUCAGAAGAUGAUUUUUGUUUAAAUUUACAGGGGAUUCUAAUAUGGAUUAAAAACGCCACAUAUUUUCCUCA